AUGAUGUCCGUAUUUGUACUAACAACCUCGUUGUUCGUUUUAACAUCAGCGAUCCCGCUUCUUCCCGUGAAUUCAAAUCCAUUACGCCCGGAUCACCUCAAAGGAGUCCCACUCGAGCGGGAUGGUGAUUUGAAUAAGGAUUUCAGAAAGGAAGUUCUUUUGGCGGGAGUUGGGGAAUCUUCUGAUCCAGAUGACGACAAAUCGCUUAUUAUUCGACUAUUUGUAACGGCAGAUUUGAAUUCUGACCAAUUCCUUUCCUUGGAUGAACUUGAAAAAGAGAUCCAUAAAAAUGCUAUUCUCCAUAUUAAUGCUAGCAAAGAAGAAGCGGCAAAAACCUUCCAUGAAGUCGAUUUAGACAAAAAUAACGUAAUCGAUUGGAAUGAGUAUAUUCAAGCAAAAGCUCAGCAUGCGGAGGAGCAUCAUGACCAUAAAGAAGGAGUCGAUGAGAAAGAAGCAUUCCGGGAAGCUGACCUUAACUUUGAUAACCAAUUGGAUAUGGCUGAAUGGGCUGGUUUCUUACAUCCUGAACUUUCUACUUAUACUCUCACAAAGCUAGCGGAGGACCUUUUGAGGAGCUAUGACAAGGAUGAGAAUGGAAUGCUUUCCAGGGCGGAAUUUGUAGAUUAUGCUGAUGGAGAAUUGGAAGGACCGUAUGCUGAGCAAGAGAAGAAUGAAGAGCAAGCCAGAGAGGUCGAGUUCGAUCGAGACUUGGACCAGAAUGGAGACGGAUAUGCUACGCUAGAGGAACUGAUCGCCUAUGUGGAUCCACAAGGAGAGGGAAGACACAGAAGAGAAGCUUCUGAAUUGUUAUGGCAAGUUGAUACCGAUGAAGAUGGGAAGCUCUCGCUCAACGAGAUGAUGGCUCAAAAUCUCGUGCUCGAAAGGUCGUCCCUAUUUUCAGCCGGGAAGCGGAUGCAUGAGGAUUUG